GACGCAGCGUUGACUGGUUUCCUUACAGAUUACAAACGGGAAAUAACUUUCGUGCUGGUGUGGUGAUUGACACUAGUAGAUUCCCAUUUUGCUGGGCUGCCAUUAGAAAGUAGCGCCCCCCCUAAGUGUGCGACUAUUUGGAUGCGGCCGCAGGAAAGGUGAAGACCUUUGAAGUAAAACUCGGGAAAGUUCAGUGACAGCUGCGCACUGAGAAAAAAGCGGGAAAGAUAUCAUGCAGAAUGAACUGAAUCACCCCUAUGAAGAUGAGAUCGCACUCUUGCAAGAGGAGAUCCAAGAGCUUACUCGGCAGUACAAGGAGGUUCAAACGGAGGCAGCCUUUUUAUCCAGUGCCAACUUUAAACAAGCCUUGCAAUCCUAUCAUGGAAUACAUAUCCCUGAUCAGGAAAGGAUGAAAGAUACAGCAUGUCUGAUGGCACAAAUUGAGGACUGUAAAAACGAAUUGCAGUUUCUUAACAACUUAUCAGGACUUGAGUUUACCAAAUACUUAAAAAAGACAGAGCACAAGUCUGAUAACCAAGCCAUAUAUAAACACAGGUUGGUGGGUCAAUGCCAAUCUCUUCUGUUUCAGUUGGAGUUUCAAACAUUGGAAUCCAAGAGCAGAGACAAUGCCUCCCAAUCGGUUAUUGACCUUAAUAUUAUCAUGGAAUGCAGAGAGCAAUCUGACUUAAGCAAGUUUGUUUCAAGGGUGGAAGAAAGAAGAAAUCUGUUACUCUUUUUCCGCAGCCUUUCAAGCUUUGCAGAGUGGUGUGAAUGUCGUAAAAACACCUUUGCAAAGUUCAAGGAGAAGUAUCCGCUUGCUGUCGGCCUCCCAGCUGGAGCUUCUGCUGAGUACAUGACUCUAAGAAAUCCCCAAAACCCAGGGUGUGAGCUGCUGAUCCUGUGGAGGAUUCACAUUGACGAUGAAGGCUCCGUCAUCCCCAUCUUGGAUUUGUUACCCAAAAUUCCAGAGCAAGCUGUGGCCCUCGAUAAGAGCGGAGUGGUGGAAGGGGCUGCCUCGGGCUUCAGAAACCUCCUGCGGGUCUUUGGCAUUCAUGGCUCUAUUGAACGGCUCAUUCAGUCCUUCUGCUGCUUGUCCGACACAGAUGCCAGUGUAUAAUGUGGCUACCAGGCUGUGAGAUGGAGCAGCAGGGGGGUUCCCCACAGAAUAAAUGCAACAGGAAUUGGAAUGUUGUCUGAAUGUCAUUUUAUUGAAUAAAAAUCUUGUUGUUUUCCCAUUUAUAAACAAUAUCCUCAGCUCAUGCGCUAUGUACAAUAUGUAUGGCACAUUAUAUAUAAUUUAUUAUGCAUUGGAAAAUAAAUACAAGCAUUAAAUACAAAAUUCUGCAAGA